AAAACGGGAGCAACCACCAUGAAACAACGUGAAGGUAGCACCGAUCCCUUUACCACGCCGUCCGUUCUCUUCAUUCGACAAUCGCGGAGAGGGGGCGGCUGAAUUUGACAUAUACGCGGCUCUUCUGAUCUCUGAGAGAGUGAAACCUCCAUCCCUGUGGACGCUGUAGUGCGGAACAGCCCCUCGCCAUUUGUCCGCAUCCGCAGCUGAUAUCAACUGUACUAUACCUCCAGCCUCGCCUUACAAUUCCCCCCAAGUCCAUCCUCGCACUCCCGCCACAAUUCUUCUCAAAACCCACCUCGCAAAAAUGAACACAGACCCCCUAACCGGCGCGCCCCUCCCCUCAACCGCCAUCCAACGCAUCCUUUUCCUCUCACCCAAAGUGCACGUCUACCACAUCCCCCCCCUAACUUCCACAAAGGGCUACAAUGCCGCAACCUGGACCGCCGACAACAACAAGCGUCAAAUCUUCACUGCGCGUCUACGCAUCCUGGAAACCUCAAUCCCUUCCCCCACAGCUUCCGAGACAGACACAGAUAGCGAAAAAGUCACCACCACAAUCCUUCUCGAGGACCCGGGCUCGGGCCAACUGUUCGCAGCCGCACCAUACACAUCCCCCGCCGUCGUCGAGCAGGCGCUGGACUCGAGCCGGUUCUUCGCUGUGACUGUGGUAGGUGAAGGACGGAAAGCGGUGCUGGGAAUCGGCUUUGAGGAGCGCAGUGAGGCGUUUGAUUUCUCAAUAAGCCUGCAGGAUGCGCAGCGCGUGCUUGGAUUGUCGAAUCCAGGGUUAACAACUGGCGGACACGCUGGAUGGGGAGGCCGACUGACUCAGCAAAAAGAAGCUGAGGAACCGAAACGAGAUUUCAGUCUUAAAGAAGGGGAGACGAUAUCUAUUAAUUUUGGGGGUAGAGGGCGGAGGCCAAGACAGGAGGAGGCGACUCCUAGGAAUGAGAGGAGUGAGACGGACGCGCUGUUUUCGAUCAAACCGCCGCCUGGAGGGAAGGGGGGAACGAUGCCGUUUCUGCCGCCACCGCCGAGCGCAAAAAGCGUGAAGGAGGAGAGGAGGAGGAGUAGGCAAACGUUUGAGCAGAAGCCAGAGGAUUUGGGGUUUGACGAUGGCGAGUUUGGGGAGUUUCAGUAGAAAUAAAGACUGGAUGUGAGAGGGAGCCGUCAUAAAUGGCUGGCUAGUUCAUAAGGACUUUUUGACGGGCGUAUGGGACGAGUCGGUCAGUUGCUCCGUGUAGGGCACGGGUUGACGGGAUGACAGACACCAUAAGAGGUUCAAUUGUAAAGUUAGCAAGCAUGGAGUGGAGUAUAACACGGCACUGGAUGCAUUGUUGGUGUUCAGGUCUAUCCUGUCUUGGAUUGAAAGCGG